AUGCCUGAAUCACCGCGUCCAACCCAAUUUACUCCUCCCCUCGAAUCAACGGAUGUAUACCGGAUGACCAACCGUCAACCGACAAUCCGUCAAGAGGUGCAUCAAGCUGCAAAAACUGAUACUGAUGCCACUACAUAUUAUGGUUUGCCUCCUACUCGACAACCGCGAAGGUACAAGACAACAAAAAGAGUAGAGCUAUACAAGGGCAACUUGGUUCUGGAUUGCCAGAUUCCAAGUAAAUUGGAGCGAAUGAUUCCUCUGAGGGACGAGAUGGAAUUCACGCAUCUAAGAUAUACUGCCUGCACGUGUGAUCCGAAUGACUUUGAGAAAGAACAGUAUCAUCUGCGACAGCAGAUGUACAGUCCGAAACGAGAAACAGAGUUGUUUAUCGUUUUAACCAUGUAUAAUGAAGAUGAAGUUCUUUUUGCCCGUACCUUCCAUGGUGUAGUCAAGAACAUUGCCCAUCUCUGCAAGCGCGACCGCUCGAAGGUCUGGGGCAAAGAAGGCUGGAAAAAAGUUGUCGUCUGUGUCGUCUCUGACGGCCGAAAGAAGAUCAAUCAGCGCACACUUUCCUACCUGGCCGCCAUCGGUUGCUACCAAGAUGGUGUCGCCAAGAAUGCAGUAAACGGCCGUCCUGUCACCGCUCAUAUCUACGAGUACACCACCCAGGUUUCAAUCGACCCGGAGAUGAAUUUCUGCGGUGCAGACAAGGGAACAGUACCUAUCCAGGUACUGUUCUGCUUGAAGGAGAAGAAUGCGAAAAAGAUCAACAGUCAUAGAUGGUUCUUUAACGCUUUUGGGGCUAUAUUGCAACCGCACGUCUGCGUGUUGUUGGACGUUGGUACAAAGCCUGGUGGUACGUCGAUUUACCAUCUCUGGAAAGCAUUUGAUAGAAACGGCAGUAUCGCUGGUGCAUGCGGUGAAAUUGUUGCAAUGAAAGGUCCGGCAGGGGUCAAUUUGCUCAAUCCUCUGGUUGCAUGCCAAAACUUUGAAUACAAAAUGAGCAACAUCCUUGACAAGCCCCUCGAGUCAGUCUUUGGAUACAUUACCGUGCUUCCUGGUGCGUUCUCGGCUUAUCGUUACCUUGCUCUCCAAAACGACAAAAAAGGCCGAGGCCCGCUCGCUUCUUAUUUCCUCGGCGAAAAGCAACAUGGCGCAGAUGCAGAUAUCUUCACCGCCAACAUGUACCUGGCAGAAGACAGAAUUCUCUGUUACGAGCUCGUGGCAAAGAGGCAUUGCGCGUGGUUGUUGCAUUACGUAAAGUCGGCGUAUGCAGAGACUGAUGUGCCCGAUCAGGUUCCCGAGUUGAUCUCGCAAAGAAGAAGAUGGUUAAACGGAAGUUUCUUUGCGGGCGUGUACGCCAUUCUACACACUUUCUCUAUUUGGAGGAGCAAUCACGGUUUCUUUAGAAAAAUUCUGUUGCAUGUGGAAAUGGCCUACCAAUCAUUUAAUUUGGCUUUCUCUUGGUUUGCUCUGGGCAACUUUUACUUGACAUUCCACAUUCUCGGUAAUUCCUUGUCAAACCCAGAAGUUGUUGACGGUCUCUGGUCACCAACCAUCGGCAACAUAACGUUCCAACUUCUCCGCUACGUCUAUCUAUCUCUCCUCAUCAUCUCGUUCAUUCUCUCAAUGGGCAAUAGACCUCAAGGAUCAAAGUGGUCGUAUACUUUUGCCAUGGUCUUCUAUGCCGGUCUUAUGGGCUAUAUGCUCUUUGCGGCUGGAUGGUUGACCUACAAAGGCCUUGGCUUUGCUAUGGAAGAGACAGGCGGAAAUAUCAGCAGCAUUAGCAUGAACGACUUAAAAACGUUGUUCAAAGAUCAGACUUUCAGGAACGUUGUCUUAUCGUUGGCUUCGACGUACGGGUUGUACUUUAUCGCCAGUUUCUUGUUCUUUGAGCCAUGGCAUAUGUUCACGAGUUUCAUCCAGUACAUGUUCUUGGUCCCGUUCUAUGUCAAUAUCUUGAACGUGUACGCUUUUUGUAAUACGCACGACGUCAGUUGGGGUACAAAGGGCGACAACUCUGCAAACCAUGAUUUAGGCACGGUGACCUCUAACCCAGAAAAAGGCACUGUCGAAAUUGACGCUCCUGUCGACCAAGUAGAUAUCAAUCGUGCCUACGAGGAAGCUGUUAACACGCUGAGCAAACCUCAUGUCGAGGAAGAACAAAAACGUGACGCUUCGACAAAACAGGAAGACUACUAUCGCGCAUUCCGUACGCGUGUUGUGCUCGCGUGGAUUUUCAGUAAUGCCGGGUUGGUUGUGGCCAUCACUUCAACGAGCGCUGACCUGGACAAGCUACUUCCGCAAGCAAAAAGAUCGAACAUGUACAUGGCGUUU